AUGUGCUGGUCAUUAACAGCGUCAAUGUGCUUUACCAUGCUCGGGGCUAUCAUGACCACAGAUCAAAUUCGAAGAACGUUAACUAUUCCAAAGGAACUAAGAGAUCGAAGUUAUUCACAAGUUCUCUUUUUUUUGGCAUACACGGCCAUGGAGUUUCUCCAAUUCUUGCAAUACUGCUUUGGUAUUGAGGGUACUUGUGGUUCGACGUCCAAUGUGACACUCUCCAUUGUUGCACACUUUCUCAUCUGGACUCAACCCAUCGUUCACAAUUAUUGGUGUCUUAAAAAUACAGCUAAGGGAAGAAAGCUCUUUCGAUAUGCGCUGUGCUGUUCUAUUUUAACUUUGGUUGUUGCUACAGUGUGCUUGAUCAUGGGUUAUUUUCAUGUCGGCGGAUUUGGUGUCAGCACCAAUGGAUUUGAUCCUGUGAAUGGUACUCCAGGAAAUAUUUUAGGAAUUGAAAUUCAAAAUGUGAAUAGCAAACUUUGUUCCAUGCAAGGUCCUAACCACUUGUAUUGGAUGUUUCCUUAUCAUCCUCUUUGGGGACAUGGUAUUUCUUGGUACGUUUGGAUAUUACUCGCUGGCUUUCCACAUUUCUUUAGAUACUCAGUGAAAGACAAUGACUUUUUUGGGAAGAGCUGGGUCAUGGGAUCCGCAGUGGUAGGUGGAUGGCUUGUUGCCUUGGUAGUUUCUUUGAUGAUUGGAACGUUUCAUGAAACUCCAUCGUAUUGGUGUUUGAUUUCAGUUCCAUGUCUUGCAUUGCCCUAUAUUUGUGCAUUUGUAAAACCUCAACGUUUUAUAGUGAGAGAAGAACUGUAUGUACAGGGACAGGGACCGAGUAGACGCAAAGAAAACUAG